AUGAUCUACAUUCUCCUUCUUUGUGUUGGCAUUGCAUCGGCUGGUGUUGGAAGGUUCCGCCGAGGCGGCUACGGACGCCCUGAAAUCUUCCCUCCACCACUUCCCGAUCAGGGACUCCCACCACCCCCACCACCACCGCCAAUGGGUGGAGGAUAUGGACGCCCUAGCUUCGGUGGAGGUGGCUACGGUGGCCCAAGCAGCUUUACCUCUGUGAAUAUCUACGACCAACCCCAAGGUGGCUACGGACGACCCAGCGGUUACGGAAGACCGGCAGGAUUCGGUGGUUUUGGACAAGGCGGCUUUGGCGGUGGAAGUGAUUUUGGAUCUUUCGGCGGAAGAAUAUGA